AUUUGCCCAUCAUUGCCUUGAGGCAGGUAUUGUUCGAUAACAGCGCGUGUUGGACCCAACUACGACCACGACCGGGACAGCCACAGAGCUUGUCCUCGUCGACGCCCACGAUGAGCAGGCGAGACUCACGCCUUUCUCUUAAUGUCCGUCAGAACGAUGCUCUCAGUGAAUUUGAAAACUUUAAGAAGAAAUUCUUGCUUGCCAAUAAGCACAUCACCAAACUUAAUUCGACUCUCAGCGUCCGCAUCGAAGAGCUUAACGCUCAAAUAUCCACCUUAUACGUCGAGAACCUCCGACUGCGAGCAUCCGAAAUUGCGCUUGCGACACAACUGAAGAAAGAACAGGAAAAAUCUAGGAAAAUAAUGGCUGAUGCAGAUGCCGCGACUGCUAAUUUGGUCAAACAUCUGACAUUUUUGCGGCAGUCACUUGGUAUUGCCCCCGGGGUGCCCUCUCCCGCCAAGGAAAGGCCAGCAUCUAGAGCUCGUCGACCGUUCAUGAAUACCAAUGCGUCACCACAAAUGCCCAAACUUGCGCGUGCGCCCAACGUACCGGGCAUACAUGAAGACGAAGAAUUUGCUUCUUCUCCGGAAGAAGAUGAAGAGGAGGCAGAGCGUAUACCUAGUCCUACUAUUCGGCGAAAAAACAAGUCAAGACUUGCAGCAUCUCGCCUGCCAUUACCUGCCCGGGUUUCCUCGCCUCCGCCACUACCAACGCCACCGCAAGUUUCAGCAGAGGAACGAGGGUCGUCAAGCAAGAGGAAAGCGGGGAGGAGGGAGGGGGGGCUCCUCAGUGUAAGUACGGGUGGUGAUAGGAUAAUUCCACCGAGAGCUGCUAGCCCCGCCUUCGGGUCUCCUGCUCGUAGGGAGGCUGGUUUGGCUGAGGAUGAUGAAGAACAAGAAGCUAUCAGGAAAUCGGAACUACAACCAGCUCAGGAUAAUGAUUCAGGUUACGUACCACCGGCAAAGAAAGAGAAGGAGAAAAAAAUGAAACAGGUUGAACGAGAACUACCAUCAGAAGAGGGUGAGGUUGCUACUUCCUCACGAGUGCAGGAGAGGAAGCGACGAAGACGCGAGGACCACUCGGGCCUUAAGGAUGUCACCAACUCACCCAGAAGCCGUGCUAUGUUACCACCGUUAAACACUAAUGCUUCAGAUCGGGAUCGACAGCACACCCCUGAUACGGAUGGAACAACGCCAAUAUCCGGAGUCACCUCGCUGGCAACAACGCGGAGCUUCUUGUCGACGCCAGCCACCACUCCUACAACAACAUCUCAGAUCUCGCAGUUGCUGACACCUCCAAUAUCUUCUAGUCCUCCGCCAUGUGCUUCUACUUCUGAAGAAGCACCUGUGGGAGGGCGCGAACGUCGUACACGGAAAAGUGUUAACUACGCUGAGCCCAAGCUCAACACAAAAAUGCGGAAGCCUGAUGGUCCACUGAUGCAGCCUGCAACUGCUUUAGGGCUGAAGAAGAGAUCAUCUACAACUAGUGUUCAAAAUGAUGACCCCGAGCAUGGACCAUCCUCAGAAGGCUUUUCACAAUCUAAGUCUUCAAUCCCUGUUGCUCGUUCUUCAUCGGGCACGAGUUCGUCAUCCUCAGCCACUCCAAAUACUGUCGUGAAAAGGAAGAAGUCACGCCCUCACGUCGAAGUUGACGACGACGAAAGCGAAGGCGCACAAGCUGAUGCCGAAUACGGGAACAUCAAUGGUUGGGUCAACAUGGAGGGGCGUCGACGGAGCGCACACCAAAGUGCUGUCCGUCGUGCGCUUGAAGAUGAUGACGGCAGACGGCAUAGCCUGGCUGUAUGA